AUGGCCGAGGGGUCGCCUAGGCAGCGGCUGAGCGAGGAGGCGCGGUGCCCCGUGUGCCUGGACUUCUUGCAGGACCCGGUCAGCGUGGACUGCGGCCACAGCUUUUGCGUGCGUUGCAUCUCCGAGUUCUGCGACAGGUCUGACAGAGAGCAGCGAGGCCUCUUUGCCUGCCCUCAGUGCCGCAGUCCCUUCACGCGGGAGGGCUUCCGGCCCAACCGGCAGCUGGCCAGCCUAGUGGACAGCGUGCGGUGGCUGGGGCUGGACGAGGGGCCCUCCUGGGCACAGUGCACACUGCACGGCCAGGAGCUCAGCCGCUUCUGCGAGGAGGACCAGGCCGCCCUGUGCUGGGUGUGUGACUCUGGCCCUGGGCACCGAGGUCACCACACGACACCGCUGCAGGAGGCCACCCAGCGCCACCAGGCAAAUCUCCAGACGGCCCUAAAACUUGUAAGGAAGGAGAUGGAGGAGGCGUUGAGUCAGGAGACCAACCUUGGGAAGAAAACUGUCAUUUGGAAGGAGAAAGUGGAAACUCAGAGACAGCGCUUCAGACUUGAGUUUGAGAAGUACCGAGGCUUCCUUGGUCAGGAGGAGCGGUUGCAGCUGCGGCAGCUGGAGCAGGAGGAGCGCGCCACCCUGCAGAGACUCCGCAACUUCCAGAGACAGCUGGUGCAGCACAGCCAGGUGUUGUCCGAGCUGGCGCAGGAACUGAACGACCGCUGCAGGCAUCCGGCCCUGGACCUAAUGGAGGGUGUGAGAGGAGUCUUGAGCCGAAGUAAGAGUGUUACACAGCUAGAACUGGAGACUAUCCCCUUGGAGUUGAAGACAAUGUGUCGCAUCCCCGGGAUGAGAGAAAUGUUGAGAAAAUUCCAAGUUGAUGUGAAGCUGGACCCUGCCACAGCACAUCCUAGCCUUCUCUUGACCGCUGAUCUGCACAGUGUGCAAGAUGCAGAGAUGUGGAGGGAUGUCCCCAACAACCCUGAGCGAUUUGACACAUGGCCCUGUGUCCUGGGUUUGCAGAACUUCUCAUCAGGAAGGCAUUACUGGGAAGUCCUGGUGGGAGAAAAAGCAGAGUGGGGUUUAGGAGUCUGUCAAGACACAGUGCCAAGAAAGGGGGAAACCACACCGUCUCCUGAGAACGGAGUCUGGGCCAUGUGGCUGCUGAAAGGCGAUGAGUACAUGGUCCUUGCCUCCCCAUCGGUGCCUCUCAUCCACCUAGAACGGCCUUGUUGCAUUGGGAUUUUCUUGGACUAUGAAGCAGGUGAAAUCUCUUUUUACAACAUCACAAAUGGAUCUUACAUCUAUACAUUCAACCAACUGUUCACUGGUGUUCUCCGACCUUACUUUUUCAUCUGUGACAUGACUCCUCUUGUCUUGCCACCUAUGACAGAAGUAGAGUCAGGAAUUUGUGCAUCCAGCUGUCAUCCUGACCCUGCUUCUAAUACUGCAGAUAACUAUUCCUAA